AUAUUAGUCCCCUCGGUAGGUGCAAGUGCGUGCACAACCUCCGUCCCUCACACAACACACACUCCAGUCAUGAAGUCCCAGGUUCUCGUCGCCCUCGUGGCUCUGGUGGCCGUCGCCGCUGGUGGAAGGAUCCGUCGCGGAUUCCACCCUUACAGCGUGCGCACCAUCCACUCGGCGUACCCGGUGAAGGUGCCGCACCCCGUGUUUGUGCCCAUCCCCCGUGCUGUGCCCGUCAAGGUGAUCGAGCACGUGCGCAUCCCGGUGCCGCGUCCCGUGUACGUCAAGGUGCACAAGCCGGUGGCCGUCGAGGUGCCCAGGGCUGUCCCCUACCCCGUGCCCAGGCCGGUGGCCCUCGAGGUGCCCAACCACGUGCCCGUCGAGGUGCCCCGCGCCGUGCCCGUCCACACGGAGGCCGUGUCCAUCAGCACGCACACCGACGUCACCGCCGCCUUCGUGCCCACCGCCCAUGGACUCAAGGCCCUUUGAGCAGUUUCCAGAUUUUCUUCUAAUUCUUCAUCUUUUUUCGAACAAGACUGUCUGAUAGGCCCAAAGAGAUACAUUUUUCCGCAGUACUUGCGCUGCUCUUUUGUAAAUAUCUACUAUGUAACUGCAGCCAUGUAGGCAAAAUUUUUGCACAAACCGCCCGACUGGAGUUGUGAGAGUUGUUGCGAGUCUCCACGCAUCUGUAAUUUUUUUGGAUCCGCAAUUAAUUAAUUAUUGCAAUCCAUGACCUGUUCACCAACUGUAUAAAAUGACCACCU